CUCACAGUCUACGAGACACGACACGACAGUUACGCGUCGGAGCUGAUGCGGAGGUGCCCCCACCACUGCCUAAUGCUCGUUAACCCCCCUUCGGAUUUGCAGCAACACCGCGUACGUGAUCCGUUCUCUGUUUUGAUUCGAUUUGAUUUUGUCGGCGAGUGACUGAGAUAGUCAGCAGCGAUGGUGAAGGAGACUGAAUACUACGAUGUGCUUGGCGUGAGCCCCACGGCCACUGAGUCGGAGAUCAAGAAGGCGUAUUAUGUUAAGGCCAGGCAAGUUCAUCCUGAUAAGAAUCCAAAUGACCCAUCAGCAGCACACAAAUUUCAGAUUUUGGGUGAGGCUUAUCAAGUGCUAAGUGAUCCAUCACAAAGACAGUCUUAUGACGCUUAUGGGAAAUCAGGAAUUUCAUCAGAAUCAAUCAUUGAUCCUGCUGCAAUCUUCGCCAUGCUUUUUGGAAGUGAACUAUUUGAGGAGUAUAUUGGUCAGCUUGCUAUGGCAUCAUUGGCUUCCAUGGACAUCUCCACAGAAGGCGAGGCACAUGAUCCUAAAAAGCUGCAGGAAAAAAUGCGGACUGUCCAAAGGGAAAGGGAGGAGAAGCUUGCUAAUACACUAAAAGGUAGGCUCAACCUGUACAUCCAAGGAAAUAAAGAAGAAUUCAUUCGUCACGCUGAGGCAGAAGUGGCAAGACUUUCGAAUGCUGCAUAUGGUGUGGAUAUGCUGAGUACCAUCGGCUAUAUAUAUGCAAGAGAAGCAGCAAAAGAGCUUGGGAAGAAGGUAAUCUACUUGGGUGUCCCUUUUAUAGCUGAAUGGUUCAGAAAAAAAGGGCACUACAUCAAAUCCCAAGUAACUGCAGCAACAGGAGUCAUUGCUCUGCUUCAGCUGAAAGAAGACAUGAAAAAGCAGCUCAACGCUGAAGGAAACUACACGGAGGCAGAACUUGAGGAGUACAUGCAAUCGCACAAGAAAGUGAUGACCGACUCCCUCUGGAAGCUCAACGUUGCUGAUAUUGAAGACACACUCUCCCAUGUUUGUGAAAUGGUUCUGCGGGAUAACAGUGCCAAGAAAGAGGAGCUCCGUCUCCGUGCCAAGGGUUUGAAAACCCUCGGCAAGAUUUUCCAGAGGGUGAAAUCGGUUAAUGGAAACGAUGAGGAAAGCAUGCAAAAUGAUCCACUCAAUAAGUUGAGUAGAAAUGUGCCAAGUGACAAUGCAGCUCAUUCAGAAACUUCUGCGAAAUCUUUGAACAAUGAAGAUGGUUCCAACCCUGCAUUCGCUUCCCAGAGCCCGUAUGUAGAGUCUCCUCAGUUUCCGGGCGGUGAGUACAGCAAUUUCCCAAUGCCAUCUGCGCCACCCGGUGCAAGCAAGCAUCCUUAACCUGGUAAGAGUCACAUUCUGUGGUGGAUUAUAUCCAGGUAUUUUUAUUUUACCAUUACUACUGUGUAGGGAAUGUGCAUUGUAGUUGUAUGAUUGUCUGCAGUAGAGUUCUGUGAUCUGCAUGUCUUUGUAUUGUUGGCAUUUUCAUUUCACCCAGUGGGAUAGCAUUAGAAACAGAAUAACUGCUGCUCUAUUCGAUACUUCUAAAUAACUUGCAAUAGUUUGUCGCAUAUAGUGGUGUAUGGGAACAGGUACGGUGCUGAUUGGGGUCUAAUUAAAUGGAUUGGGUCUACUUGGACCCAUUUCUAGUAUAAAGAAUAAUCCCACCGUUCACAAA